CAAGCUCCCCGCCCUUAGUAUCGCGAGACGAGGUGAGAGCUGGCGGAGCGGCGGCGGCGGCGGCGGCGGCAGUAGAGGUGACCGAGGCGGUGGCGGCGGCGGCGGCCCGGAGCGCUGUGUCGGCCCCGGCGCGACCGAAGUCGCGGUAGAGCGGAGCCCCCCCCACGCCCCUCCCCCGUCCGCGUCCCCCACCCCCUCUUCCCGCGGGGAUGGAGAAGGCGACGGUUCCGGCGGCGGCUGAGGGAGAAGGGAGCCCCCCGGCGGCGGCGGCAGUGGCGGCCCCCCCCGCGGCGGCAGCGGCAGUGGCGGCGGCGGCGGAGGUCGGCGGCGGGGCUCGCCCGGCCUCGUCUCCUCGUGGGAUGGUGCGAGUCUGCGACCUGCUCCUGAAGAAGAAGCCACCGCAGCAGCAGCAGCAGCAGCAGCCGCCGCCGCCGCACCACAAGGCCAAGCGGAACCGGACUUGCCGACCCCCCAGCAGCAGCGAAAGCAGCAGCGACAGCGACAACAGCGGCGGCGGCGGCGGCGGAGGAGGCGGCGGCGGCACCAGCAGCAACAACAGCGAGGAAGAGGAGGACGACGACGACGAGGAAGAGGAGGUUUCUGAGGUGGAAUCUUUCAUUUUGGACCAGGAUGAUUUGGAGAAUCCAAUGCUGGAAACAGCUUCCAAGUUGCUUCUAUCAGGCACUGCUGACGGUGCUGACCUCAGGACAGUAGAUCCAGAGACACAGGCUCGACUGGAAGCUUUACUGGAAGCUGCAGGAAUAGGCAAGUUAUCGACGGCAGAUGGUAAAGCCUUUGCAGACCCUGAAGUGCUCCGCAGGUUAACGUCGUCUGUCAGUUGUGCGUUGGAUGAAGCUGCUGCUGCACUUACCCGGAUGAGAGCUGAGAGUACAGUAAAUGCAGGGCAGUCGGACAACCGCAGUUUGGCAGAAGCCUGUUCAGAAGGAGAUGUAAAUGCUGUGCGGAAAUUACUCAUUGAAGGUCGAAGUGUGAAUGAGCACACCGAGGAAGGGGAGAGCCUCCUUUGUCUAGCUUGUUCUGCUGGAUACUAUGAGCUUGCACAGGUUUUAUUGGCAAUGCACGCAAAUGUGGAGGACAGGGGAAUCAAAGGUGACAUCACACCUUUAAUGGCUGCUGCUAAUGGAGGACAUGUCAAAAUCGUGAAGUUGCUGCUAGCUCAUAAAGCUGAUGUCAAUGCACAGUCUUCAACAGGCAACACAGCCCUUACCUAUGCUUGUGCUGGAGGCUACGUAGAUGUUGUAAAGGUGCUCUUGGAAUCCGGUGCUAGUAUUGAGGACCAUAACGAGAAUGGUCAUACACCUCUUAUGGAAGCUGGAAGUGCUGGGCAUGUGGAAGUAGCCAGAUUGCUGCUAGAAAAUGGAGCUGGCAUCAAUACGCAUUCCAAUGAAUUUAAAGAGAGCGCCCUUACAUUAGCUUGUUAUAAAGGACAUCUAGAGAUGGUGCGAUUUCUUUUGGAAGCAGGCGCUGAUCAAGAACAUAAGACAGAUGAAAUGCACACUGCUCUAAUGGAGGCUUGCAUGGAUGGCCAUGUUGAAGUAGCUAGGUUGCUCCUGGACAGUGGUGCUCAGGUGAACAUGCCGGCUGAUUCAUUUGAGUCACCAUUGACUUUGGCUGCAUGUGGAGGACAUGUGGAGCUUGCAGCCUUACUUAUUGAAAGAGGAGCUAGCCUGGAAGAGGUCAAUGAUGAAGGUUAUACUCCUUUGAUGGAGGCAGCUCGUGAAGGACAUGAAGAAAUGGUUGCAUUACUUCUUGGCCAAGGAGCAAAUAUCAAUGCACAGACAGAAGAAACUCAAGAAACUGCCUUGACCCUGGCUUGCUGUGGAGGCUUUCUGGAAGUGGCAGACUUUCUGAUUAAGGCUGGGGCUGAUAUAGAACUAGGAUGUUCUACUCCUUUGAUGGAAGCUGCUCAAGAAGGUCACUUGGAGUUAGUGAAAUACUUACUAGCUGCAGGAGCUAAUGUUCAUGCAACGACAGCAACAGGAGACACAGCUUUAACAUAUGCCUGUGAAAAUGGCCAUACGGAUGUAGCAGACGUCUUACUCCAGGCAGGUGCAGAUCUGGAACAUGAAUCAGAAGGUGGUAGAACUCCUUUAAUGAAAGCUGCAAGAGCGGGUCAUGUUUGCACAGUCCAGUUCUUAAUUAGCAAAGGAGCAAAUGUGAAUCGAACCACAGCUAAUAAUGACCAUACUGUACUGUCCCUGGCUUGUGCAGGAGGUCAUUUGGCAGUGGUAGAACUACUUUUGGCUCAUGGGGCAGACCCUACUCACCGUUUAAAAGAUGGCUCGACCAUGUUGAUAGAAGCAGCAAAGGGUGGCCAUACGAGUGUUGUUUGCUAUCUUUUAGAUUAUCCCAAUAAUCUACUUGCAGCCCCUCCGCCAGACGUCACUCAGCUAACUCCCCCAGCCCAUGAUUUAAAUAGGGCACCUCGAGUACCAGUUCAAGCACUGCCCAUGGUUGUCCCACCUCAGGAGCCUGACAAACCACCUGCCAACGUUGCUGCUACUCUUCCUGUUAGGAGUAAAGCUGCUUCUAAACAAAAGUCCAACAGCCAUUUGCCAGCAAACAGCCAGGAUGUACAGGGUUACAUCACCAAUCAGUCUCCAGAGAGCAUUGUAGAAGAGGCUCAGGGAAAGUUAACAGAACUGGAACAGAGGAUAAAAGAAGCCAUAGAAAAAAAUGCACAGCUGCAGUCCUUGGAGCUGGCUCAUGCUGACCAACUCACCAAGGAGAAGAUCGAGGAGCUGAAUAAAACGAGGGAGGAACAAAUUCAGAAGAAACAAAAGAUUCUGGAGGAACUGCAGAAAGUAGAGCGAGAGCUACAACUGAAAACUCAGCAGCAGCUUAAAAAGCAGUAUCUAGAAGUUAAAGCUCAACGAAUUCAGCUUCAGCAGCAGCAGCAGCAGUCUUGCCAGCAUCUGGGACUACUCACUUCUGUUGGGGUUGGAGAGCAGCUUUCCGAGGGAGACUAUGCACGGUUCCAGCAAGUGGAUCCUGUUUUGCUUAAAGAUGAACCCCAGCAGACUGCUGCUCAGAUGGGGUUUGCACCAAUCCAGCCUCUGGCGAUGCCUCAAGCUUUGCCUCUGGCAACGGGUCCCUUGCCUCCAGGGUCCAUCGCAAAUCUUACAGAACUUCAAGGAGUGAUAGUUGGACAGCCAGUACUGGGCCAAGCACAGUUGGCAGGGCUGGGGCAAGGAAUUCUCACUGAAACACAACAAGGGUUAAUGGUAGCCAGCCCUGCUCAGACCCUCAAUGACACGCUGGAUGACAUCAUGGCAGUCAGUGGAAGAGCAUCUGCAAUGUCAAACACUCCUACCCACAGUAUCGCUGCUUCUGUUUCCCAACCUCAGACUCCAACUCCAAGUCCCAUCAUUUCUCCUUCAGCCAUGCUACCUAUCUACCCCGCCAUUGAUAUUGAUGCACAGACUGAGAGUAAUCAUGAUACUGCACUAACACUUGCCUGUGCUGGUGGCCAUGAGGAACUGGUACAAACACUACUAGAGAGAGGAGCUAGUAUUGAACACCGAGACAAAAAAGGUUUUACUCCACUCAUCUUAGCUGCUACAGCUGGUCAUGUUGGUGUUGUAGAGAUAUUGCUGGACAAUGGUGCAGACAUUGAAGCCCAGUCAGAAAGAACCAAGGACACACCACUGUCCUUGGCUUGUUCUGGGGGCAGGCAGGAGGUAACUUUUCUCUUUAGUGUAACUUUUCUCUUUAGCAAAUAUAUACUCAUAUUUGUUUUCCAUAUAGGAAAAUAUUUGCCUAGAACUGGCAGCAAAUUGGGCAUUUCUCCACUGAUGUUGGCAGCUAUGAAUGGGCAUACAGCUGCAGUUAAGCUCCUGUUAGACAUGGGCUCUGACAUAAAUGCUCAGAUAGAAACCAAUCGGAACACUGCCCUUACAUUAGCCUGCUUCCAAGGAAGAACUGAAGUGGUUAGCCUUCUGCUUGAUCGAAAAGCAAAUGUUGAACAUAGGGCUAAGACUGGCCUCACACCGUUAAUGGAAGCAGCAUCUGGUGGUUAUGCAGAGGUGGGCCGAGUUCUUUUGGAUAAAGGUGCUGAUGUGAAUGCCCCUCCAGUUCCCUCCUCAAGAGACACAGCUUUAACCAUAGCCGCAGAUAAAGGGCAUUAUAAAUUUUGUGAACUUCUCAUUGGCAAGGGAGCUCAUAUUGAUGUCCGAAACAAGAAGGGGAACACUCCGUUAUGGCUAGCAGCAAAUGGUGGACACCUAGAUGUGGUUCAGCUACUGGUGCAAGCAACUGCAGAUGUAGAUGCAGCAGAUAACCGCAAGAUAACUCCGCUCAUGGCUGCAUUUAGAAAGGGUCAUGUGAAGGUGGUGCGCUACUUAGUCAAAGAGGUCAAUCAGUUUCCAUCAGAUUCGGAAUGCAUGAGGUAUAUAGCAACCAUCACUGAUAAGGAGAUGCUGAAGAAGUGUCAUCUUUGUAUGGAGUCAAUAGUACAAGCCAAAGACAGGCAGGCUGCUGAAGCAAAUAAGAAUGCCAGCAUACUAUUGGAGGAGCUAGACCUGGAAAAGUUGAGGGAAGAAAGUCGAAGGCUGGCUUUGGCUGCCAAAAGAGAAAAGCGGAAAGAGAAAAGAAGGAAAAAAAAGGAAGAACAAAGAAGGAAAUUAGAGGAAAUUGAAGCCAAAAAUAAGGAGAACUUUGAACUCCAAGCUGCUCAAGAAAAAGAAAAACUUAAAGUUGAAGAGGAACCUGAAGUCUUGACAGAGCCUCCAAGUGCCACUACCACCACUACCAUAGGAAUAUCUGCUACAUGGACUACUUUGGCAGGUUCCCAUGGUAAAAGAAAUAACACCAUAACUACAACCAGCUCAAAGAGGAAAAACAGGAAAAAUAAAAUUACUCCAGAAAAUGUUCAAAUUAUAUUUGAUGAUCCACUACCAAUCUCGUAUAGUCAGCCGGAGAAGGUGAAUGGAGAGUCCAAGAGCAGCAGCACCAGCGAGAGUGGGGACAGUGACAACAUGAGAAUUUCCAGCUGCAGUGAUGAGAGCAGCAACAGCAACAGCAGCAGAAAGAGUGACAAUCAUGCGUCGGCUGUGGUCACGACCACUGUGGCCAGCAAGAAGCAGCCGUCUGUUCUUGUUACAUUUCCAAAAGAGGAGAGAAAAUCCGUUUCGGGCAAGGCUUCUAUAAAAUUGUCAGAGACUGUCAAUGAAGGGACCAGUAAUUCUCUGUCAACUUGUACAAAAUCUGGUCCGUCUCCUCUUUCCUCUCCAAAUGGGAAGUUAACAGUAGCAAGUCCUAAGCGUGGGCCAAAGAGGGAAGAAGGAUGGAAGGAGGUCGUAAGGCGGGGUGGCACUGAAUCAACAAGACAAGCAACUCAGUUGAUCAAUGCUUUGAUCAAGGAUCCAGACAAAGAAAUUGAUGAACUUAUUCCAAAGAAUCGUUUGAAAAGCUCCACAGCAAAUUCCAAAAUCGGGUCUUCAGCACCUACUACCACUGCUGCUAACAGUUCCUUAAUGGGGAUCAAAAUGACAACUGUAGCUCUGUCGUCGACAUCUCAGACUGCCACAGCACUCGCCGUCCCUGCCAUCUCUUCUGCAUCCACUCACAAAACCAUUAAGAACCCCGUGAAUAAUGUGAGGCCUGGGUUUCCAGUUUCUCUCCCAUUAGCAUAUCCUCCUCCACAGUUUGCACACGCUUUGCUUGCUGCUCAGACUUUCCAGCAGAUCCGUCCACCGCGGUUGCCCAUGACCCACUUUGGAGGUACUUUCCCACCAGCUCAAUCCACUUGGGGUCCUUUUCCUGUCAGGCCUUUGAGCCCUGCCAGAGCUACUAACUCGCCUAAGCCUCACAUGGUGCCUCGCCAUAGCAAUCAGAAUAGCAGUGGUUCUCAGGUGAAUUCAGCAGGUUCUUUAACUUCAAGUCCAACAACUACAACCAGUUCAUCAGCUUCAGCGGUGCCUGGUACAACUUCAAAUGGCAGUCCAAGUUCUCCUUCAGUCAGAAGGCAGCUUUUUGUCACAGUUGUGAAGACAUCCAAUGCCACAACCACAACAGUCACAACAACAGCAAGCAACAACAGCACCGCACCCACAAAUGCCACAUAUCCUAUGCCUACUGCCAAAGAACACUACCCAGUAUCAUCCCCAUCUUCCCCAUCACCACCAGCCCAGCCAGGAGGGCUUUCUAGAAACAGCCCUUUGGAUUGUGGAUCAGCAUCCCCAAAUAGAGGGGCAUCUGCUUCCGAACAGGAAGCAAGUAGUCCGCCAGUAGUAGAACCUGCAAACAGCAGACCCCCACACAGCAGCAGUUCUUCUGGGAGCUCAUCAGGUCAUUCCACUCAGCAGCAGCCUCCGGGAUCUGUUCCUCAGGAGCCAAGAGCCCCUCUUCAGCAGUCUCAGGUUCCUUCCCCGGAUGUGAGAAUGACUGUUCCUCCUACAGCAACAAGUUCUGCUCCAGUGGCGGUGCCUUCUACUGCGCCUGUGACGUACCCUAUGCCUCAGACACAAAUGGGAUGCUCCCAGCCUCCUAAAAUGGAAGCCCCUGCUAUUAGACCACCCUCUCAUGCCACAGCUGCCCCUCACAAGACUCCAGCUCCAGUGCAGAGUUCAUCUGCUUCAGUCCUCAAUGUCAAUCACAUUAAAAGACCUCAUAGUGUCCCCUCCUCUGUCCAGCUACCUUCGACCUUAAGUACACAAAGUGCUUGUCAGAAUUCAGUACAUCCAGCAAAUAAGCCUGUUGCUCCCAACUUCAGUGCCCCAUUACCAUUUGGGCCCUUUAGCACAUUGUUUGAAAACAACCCUACUAAUGCUCAUGCCUUCUGGGGAGGACCUGUUGUUUCAUCUCAGUCAACACCAGAAUCUAUGCUGUCAGGAAAAUCCUCAUAUUUGCCAAAUUCAGAUCCUUUACAUCAAUCUGAUACUUCCAAAGCACCAGGUUUUAGGCCACCAUUACAGAGACCCGCUCCAAGUCCCUCAGGUAUUGUCAACAUGGACACACCAUAUGGUUCUGUAACACCUUCUUCUACACAUUUGGGAAACUUUGCCUCAAGUCUUUCAGGAGGUCAGAUGUAUGGGCCUGGAGCACCCCUUGGAGGAGCACCUGCUGCUGCUAACUUUAACAGACAGCAUUUUUCCCCACUUAGUUUGUUGACUCCAUGUUCAUCAGCAUCAAAUGAGUCUGCAGCACAGUCUGUACCCUCUGGAGUCCGUGCACCGUCUCCUGCCCCAUCCUCAGUACCUUUAGGGUCUGAAAAGCCCAGCAGUGUCUCUCAGGACAGGAAAGUUCCAGUCCCAAUUGGGACUGAGCGUUCUGCACGGAUCAGGCAAACUGGAACUUCAGCUCCAUCUGUUAUUGGGAGUAAUUUGUCUACAUCAGUAGGACAUAGUGGCAUCUGGUCCUUUGAAGGGAUUGGUGGUAAUCAAGACAAAGUGGACUGGUGUAACCCUGGGAUGGGAAAUCCCAUGAUUCACAGGCCAAUGUCUGACCCAGGAGUGUUUUCACAGCAUCAAGCAAUGGAGCGAGAUAGUACAGGGAUUGUAACCCCUUCCGGUACAUUCCAUCAGCAUGUUCCUGCAGGAUACAUGGACUUUCCUAAAGUUGGGAGUAUGCCUUUUUCUGUAUAUGGGAAUGCAAUGCUUCCUCCAGUAGCACCUAUCGCUGAUGGUGCUGGAGGACCCAUAUUUAAUGGCCCUCAUUCUGCAGAACCUUCUUGGAAUUCACUGAUAAAGAUGGUUUCAAGUUCCACAGAAAACAAUGGUCCUCAAACGGUAUGGACUGGACCCUGGGCACCUCACAUGAACAGUGUGCACAUGAACCAGCUUGGCUGAUGAGGAGAAGCCUGGUAGACUGCAGAUUCCUUUCAUUCAGAGGAAAUCACAAGUGGCCGAGAAACAUUUUUAUGCUCCCAAAUCAUUCUACUGAUGUGCUUGACUGAAGUGUGUAGGCUUUUUGCAGAAGAACUUACUAACUGACCUAUUUUCUGUGAACAUUUGUGACAGCCAAUUCUCCAUCAUCAUCCGUUUUUACCUUAGUUAGCAUUUUUUCUUAUCACUUUUCUUCUUUCUCUCCCUCUUCUCCUUUGGACAUAACUUUCUGUUGAAGCUGUUCUUUGGCUGGUUGGUUUUAGUACUGUAAACUGCUUCUGAGCAAACACGGAAAUUUAGCAAAAUUAUGUAAACUUGAUCCUGAAGUUUUAGAAUGGCAAAUAAAUGUACAAUUGUUUACAUAACAGAAAAGGCUAAGCAGAAAGUAAAUUUCAGUGUGUCAGUCUAGAGGCUCUACUUUAUGUAGACUUAAAUUCAUGUGAGAUAUGUACCUUCAUAUUCAGAAAUCUGGAUGUCUCCUUCAUACAUUAAACUAUUAAUAAGCACCACUUUUCUACUUGUAUAUUUUAAGCAUAGAGUAAAAUGAUGGGCAUUAUCAAUGGAUGUUCCCUGCAUUAGCUCUGAAACACCCAUCUUACUCCCUGUUGGGUUUGUUUGUAGCAAAGCAGAUAGAAGAAAUUUCUGAUUUUUCCAUGUCUUUAUUAAAUUUGUCACACUUUUCAAACUCAUGCACACAUAUCUCUUCAGUUUGGACUCUUUCUUUGCCACUAUUGCUACUUAGUAAGAUUCUCUUUCUCAGUAGUGAGAACCAUCCUGUAAAGUUUUUUCCCAUAGUGGCUGUGACACAGAUGUGGAGCAUCUUCAGGGGCACCAGUGGUUUCUUCUAACCAGAAACUUGAGACUUUUGAGCAACUUAAAAGCCACCACAGUUCUCAGUCAGCAUAUAUUGUUUAUUUUUAAAGAUUUCAGCAUAUUUUAUAUUGGGUUCUUACCAUCUUCCUGGUCAGCAAGAGUCAACAUGCAGUUUCCCUCUUCAAGCACCUGUGUCUUAGUUUGAAAGGCUCCUCUCUCUGCACUUGUUGGUAGAAAUGAAAAGGAUGAACAGAUAACUUGGGCCAACUCAAAAAGGAGUGUUUGGGUUUGUUUUUAAAAUGAAUACACGGAUUAUAAAUUAAAGUCUCCAUUUAACUUGUUUAUAUGUGAUUCAGGGCCACACUAAACUACUCAGUGGGAAUUAUAUAUUCCAUCCACUUGAAACAAUAAACAAUAAUGUAUACAAGAAGACUACGUGUCCUGCCCUGUCUCCUAUGGAAAAGGAACUCACAUGAUUGAAAUAUAAAACAGUUUAUAUGUGAGAAAUACUGUCAUAAUACAUGUCAAAUACUAUCAAUUUGGUUUUUAAUUAGAGACAAACUGUAAAAUAUGAACUAAAGCUUACAUAUACCACCCAAGGUGGAUAGUAACAUUCAUUGGUUGUCGUAGUAUGUAGUAUGAUUUUAUGCCUAUAGUGACCUGAGUGAAAAGGAUAAGGUAGUUUCUCAAACCCACCCAGCACUCUGGAUGCUAAGUAUAUACAUUCAGUUUCACAUUUGCUUAAUACACCCAAACAUAGGAGGAAAAUAGCCUACAGAUACAGCCAUGAAUUUAAAAGAAAUUUAAAAGCACUUUACUUACACAAAGCAACAAAACUGCAUGAUGUUAACAUUUUGUAUUGAGUUUUGCCACGGUUCUAUCUUCUUUGCUCCCACAAUACUUUUCUGAGAUAACUAGAGUUAUUUUCUGCCUAAAAUAAUGAAGUUGGAGAACAGACACUACUCAGGAUGUGCUGCCACAUGUGAGUAGGGGUGCUCACCACACAUAACCUCCUAGUGAGUGUCUUACUGAAAAAGGAAGAAGGGUGAAAACGUGAGUAUUUUCUUGGUUUUAAAAUGUGGAGCAUGGAAAUAGAUUUGAGCCCUGUCUCUCUACGCUGAGAGAGCAGGACAGCACCAUGGUUCUAGAAAUUUGUACCAGGAACAUUUUUCAAAUACAUUUUUAUACUUCAGAUGUAAUAUAGAACAUUUUAUUUAUUUAAACAAUAAAAAAAGUUCUUGA